GCCAACUGCGAUUGAAAUACAUUCGAAGGAUUCGUCGCUGGCUGCCCCUACUCAGAGUCACGUCUCUAUCACAGCCAUGGAUCGCGACGCUCGCCAGCUCAGAUACGAGGUCUUCCAAUUUAUCCUGGAGAGGUGCCGCCACCCUACCGUCCAAGAGCUCGUGGUUCCUGGCUCGCGUGACGAGUCGCAGGUCACGCUACAGCUACGCAAGCUUCAUGACCUCCACCAUCUAAAGCUGCACGACGAGGGAGUGCCGACACCAACUCCGAUCGCAAUGGUCCACCCAUUCUCCCAUCUGCCUACACCCUAUAUCGUUACAAAAGCAGGAAAGCUGUGGUGGGUGAAUUGUGCAUGGUGCGCGUUUGGUCUUGCUGCCAUGCUGUCGCCGGGCGAGGUCAACGUCAAAGUCCUGACUCCGUCCCAAGGGGAGCUUUUGACCUUCGAAGUCGUCGAUGGGGACAUCACCAAAGUAAUUGGUGAAAAUGGAGAGAGAUCACUGCAACAGUACUAUGCCUUCUUCUCUGCGCCUCCCUCCAAGUGGUGGAUAGACGUUCGUUUCGCCUGCAGCGGGAUCCAGAUUUGCACGUCUGAGCAAGAAGCCCAGAGCUUCGCUCAAAGACACGCCUUUCACCACGGCGAUGUGAUCAGCCUGGACAAACUGUGGAAAUUAUCAAAGGCGUGGUAUUCCAACAAGGCCGCUUACGACUAUGACCGGAUGACUCCACAGGAGGUAGAGAAGUUGUUCAUGGACUUGGGUCUGACUUCGCUAUAUUGGACGAGUUGAAUGUCCUGCUAGGGUAGGAGGAGCUCACUACCAGGAGCGUGAAGAAAUCUAGUUUGCCGCCGAGUCCACGAUGGGUCUAUGCUGUUGCCUGUUCUAGGCUGGUGUCAAGUGCACAUGCCUGGUCCCAUGUAUUCUUCUUGUGGCUCUCGGGUUUCACAAUUGACUCCUGUGCCCAAAUGUGCCGAUGGAUCCUUGGGGCAAGCCAUAAUCAGGCAUCACGGUCUACCUGCGAUUUCGCCACUGCCUGCGUGUAAGUUUCACUCAAACCGCUGGAAACCUGUUCUGGUGCCACUUACUUUGAAUGAUCUCAUCCCAUAUUUCAUCCAUAUAAAACAAGGACG